AUGUCUCUUCUAAAUGUUGCCGUGGUGGGAUACGGCUUCUCGGCCAAAAUCUUCCAUCUGCCCUUCAUCCAGCACCAUCCGGGGUUCCGUCUGCAUGCCGUCGUGCAACGGACGCCUCGAAGUAACGAUAACCCGGGGACGGACUUCCCUGGCAUCCGAGUGUACCGGGAUGCUUAUGAGGCGAUCGAGGAUGAGCAGGUCGAUGCGCUGGUGGUAACUUCCACCAACGACACGCAUUUCCCGUUGAGUCGGGAUGCCUUGGAGAAAGGAAAACACGUGAUCGUGGAGAAGCCAUUCACGGUGACCUACGCAGAAGCCGUUGCUCUGGCAGAUCUCGCAGCGAAGAAAAGCCGGCAGCUCGCCGUCUACCACAAUCGACGAUGGGACUCCGAUUUCCUGACGCUGCGCAGCCUGUUGGGCAGCCCUCACCAGCCGCUCGGUCGUAUCGUUCGUUUCCAGUCCAAUUUUGACUGCUCGCCCAACUCUGAAAUCGGGAUGGGGGCCAAGGGAUGGAGACUGACGGCGGGAGUUGCUGGUGCCGGCCUGCUGUUUGAUCUGGGAAGUCAUUUGCUUGAUCAAGCGGUCGUCCUCUUUGGGGCGCCACAGAGCGUAACGGCGGUGUUACUGGACGAGGCCGGUGGAAAGGGAGUCAAGGAGGAAGGCUUUAUGGACGAUGCAUUCAUGAUCAUUCUACAGUUUCAGGCAGGAGUAACUGUCGAACUGCAAGCUACCCAACACUCGGUCAGCGAUCGGCAUAAGCGAUUCGAGAUUCGCGGAACAAAGGGGCGAUGGAUCAAAUACGGCCUUGACGGCCAGGUGGAACAGCUACAGACGGGGAUUCAUCCGGGAAACGAGGACUACGGCGUGGAGAAGCCCCAGAACAACGGGACUCUUCAAGUACUCCAGCCGGAGUCAGGUGUGAGGACUGUCCAAUGGGAAGCAGAGCGUGGGGGGUAUGAUCAGUUCUAUCAGAAUGUGUAUGAGGCCAUUGCAGGCCGGGCGGAGCUGGCGGUGCAGCCCAAGGAGGCAGCGUUCGUGAUGCGUUUGAUUGAACUCUGUCGACAGAGCGCCGAGCAGGGGCGAACGGUGGGCGUUGAUAUCUAG